CCCCCAGGCCUGUUCCAGAAAGCCAUCGCCCAGAGCGGCACGGCCAUCGCCAGCUGGUCGGUCAAUUACCAACCCCUCAAGUACACGCGGCUGCUGGCGGCCAAGGUGGGCUGCGAGCGCGCCGACACCGGCGCCGCCGUCGAGUGCCUGCGGCGCCAGCCCUUCCGGGCCCUGGUGGACCAGGACGUGCAGCCCGCCCGCUACCACGUGGCCUUCGGGCCGGUGGUGGACGGCGACGUGGUGCCCGACGACCCCGAGAUCCUGAUGCAGCAGGGCGAGUUCCUCAACUACGACAUCCUCAUCGGCGUCAACCAGGGCGAGGGGCUGAAGUUCGUGGAGGACUCCCUGGAGAGCGAGGACGGCAUCUCGGCCUCCUACUUCGACUUCACCGUCUCCAACUUCGUGGACAACCUGUACGGUUACCCCGAGGGCAAGGACAUCCUGAGGGAGACCAUCAAGUUCAUGUACACGGACUGGGCCGACCGCGACAACGGCGAGAUGCGGCGCAAGACGCUGCUGGCGCUCUUCACCGACCACCAGUGGGUGGCGCCGGCGGUGGCCACGGCCAAGCUGCACGCCGAGUACCAGUCGCCCGUGUACUUCUACACCUUCUACCACCACUGCCAGAGCGACGCCCGGCCCGAGUGGGCGGACGCGGCGCACGGCGACGAGAUCCCCUACGUGUUCGGGGUGCCCAUGGUGGGCGCCACCGACCUCUUCCCGUGCAACUUCUCCAAGAACGACGUCAUGCUCAGCGCCGUGGUCAUGACCUACUGGACCAACUUCGCCAAGACGGG